AUGUCUCUCCUGCGCCGCACACCCCUCCUCUUCCGCUCCGUCCCCUUCCUCGCGCGCGCCGCGUCGUCGUCCAUCGCGUCGGGCUCGGCUCCUGCCCCGCUCAACCUCGCGCCCGAGCCCAAGGCGCCCGGCCAGUCGCCCAACGUCGCCACGCCCUGGUCCGAGAACCAGGAGCCCAAGUCGGCCGCCUUUGCCGCGACGCGUUUCGAGCAGACCAAGUUUGACCUCCAGCCCGACGGACUCUCGGCCAUGGGCCUCGUGAGCGAGCAGCCCAUCACCAUGGUCCACGGUCGCAGGGCGGUGUGCAACGGUGGCGGCGGUGCCCUCGGCCACCCCAAGAUCUAUAUCAACCUCGACAAGCCCGGAGCCCGUUCGUGCGGCUACUGCGGCGCGCGGUACGAGCAGGAGCACGAGCACUAG